ACUUCCCGCGCGCACACGGGUGCGAUCGAGGUCCGGUCACGGGGUCGCGCAUUUUUUGUUAUCGAUUUGCCAGGUCCACGCCCGGUUCCUGUUGGACCUCCAGAGUCCAGCGAUGAAGCAUCGGUGGAGGUGGGGGAGAAAACAGGGCAUUACAUCAGACCCGCGUCCACUGUGCUCAGCAUCGGUCCGAUCGCACAGAAAAGUGAAGGGUGGUUGAUACAAAAAGGAUGGAGGGGAAGAGGCAGAAGAAACUUCGGGGAGGGCUGUUUUGUUAAAAAGCCAACGGGGACGUCGCAUAGGAGGACAUCUGGGCGGCUCGAGGCGGGGGCCACCGGGCGCGUGCAUCCGACCCCCCGGUUUCGGACCGCGAUGUUGCAAUGCGCGUACGCGGCGGGCGCGCCACCGCCGCCGCCGCCGGUCCGAGCUCCUCUGCGGCUGCCUGCGCUGAUUGACACGGCCGAGGGGUGGGGACGCAGGGUGGGGUCACAAGCAGGGAGAGGCGGAGGAGAGACGGAGCCAGGCGAGCCCAGCCCAGCCCAGCCCAGCCCCGAGCCCGAGCACGGUAACAACACGCCGAGAGAGAGACGAGGGGGAAGAAAAGAGCGCUUCGACGGCGGGGAUAUGAUUUAAAAAAGAGGCUCCCGGAAGACGCGACCUCUACUUUUUAUUUCCCUUCCCCCUUCCCCGACACGUCCAUUGGAAAAGUGGAAGGCUGCCAGCAAAAAAAUAUUAUUAUAAACAUAUAUAAUAAUAUCGGUUAUUGUGAGACACCCCGGCCGGUCGACCCCCUUGCAGUCCGCCCGCCCAGCCAGCGAGAUGCACAAGGAGACCCGCAAGAGUAAAUGCGAAGCAAGUCCUAAGAAGCCCCGCACCUCCAACUCUGACUCCAAGGGAACGAUGCCGGCGGUGCAAGUGAAGGUGGAGCCAGAGGAGGCGGAGAGCUCGAAACCUGAGGCCUGUGAGGACUCCCCAUCUCCCGCCGGGCCCAAGGCCAAAGGCCCCGCCCCCUCGGAGUCUGCUUCCCCCCCGCCCCUCUGCACGGCCAAGCCUGAGAUCCUGUCCGUGGACCAGACGGAGCCGGUCGACCUAUCCCUGAACAAGCCGCGAUCCAGCCUCCCGCCGGCGACGGCGGCCGCGUCCAGCCCCUCAGGCGCUGCCACGCCGGGCGCCCAGGCCGUGACCACCACCCCCAUCCCAGCGGUGCUGUCUCCUGGCUCCAUCCUGGCCUCCACCCAGGGCGUGGGCGGCCAGCAGAUCCUGCACGUCAUCCACACCAUCCCAUCGGUGAACAUGCCCAGCAAGAUGGGUCAGCUGCAGACUAUCCCCGUGGUGGUGCAGUCACUGCCCGUGGUCUACACCACCAUGCCCAGCGACGGCAUGGCCACCGCCGCCAUCACCGUGCCCCUCAUUGGCAGCGAUGGCCGCUCCGAAGGCUCUGUACGCAUCAAGCCCGGGUCUGCAUCGCCGGUGGAGUUCCAGAGCGACAGUGAUGUGGAGAGUGGCACCGAGUCCGGUUCCGCCUCCUUCAGCACGCGGGGCAUGGAUACCGGCUCGGGGGCCGACCUGGACAUCCCGGCUGACCCCGAUUCGCCGGACAUGAAGAGGAGGCGAGUCCACAUGUGUGACUAUGACGGCUGCAACAAGGUCUACACCAAGAGCUCCCACCUGAAGGCACACCGCAGGAUACACACAGGGGAGAAGCCGUACCACUGCACCUGGGAGGGCUGCACUUGGCGCUUCGCCCGCUCCGACGAGCUGACGCGUCACUUCCGCAAGCACACCGGCAUCAAGCCCUUCCGCUGCACAGACUGUGACCGCAGCUUCUCGCGCUCCGACCACCUCGCGCUGCACCGGCGCCGCCACGUCAUGAUGUGAACCGCGUGAGCGCGCUACCAUGGAGAUGGCGGCUCAAGAACCACGCGCCGGGUGUGGGAGGUGGGACUACAGAUGGCUCCGCCUCCCCCAACCCAGCUCUCCUCCCUCCCACCUUCUCCCACGUAUGGGGGAGGAGCUGAGUGACAGUGGGAAUUUCUUGGUCAGUACGCCACGUUUGUUAGUCAUAACCCCCACACCCCCUCCAUAGGAGCCAGAGUACCCCCCCCCCAUUACCGUAGGUGUGAAAUUCAACCCCGGGGGCCAAAAGCCUUAUUACACAGGUGAUCUGGAAGCAUGGAAAGUAUAAUAACUAAUGUGGCCCCUAGGUGGUUUGGGGUGGGGGGGGGUGUGCUGGCUCAGCUGGGGGGCGGGGAUGUAUGCCGCCACCCCCCCCCCCCCCCCCCGGAAUGGACUCUUCUUGCUGCUGCCGCAUGGCUAGGCAACACGCCCAGGACUCUUUAACAGCGCUGACGGGGUGGGGGGGUAAGAGGGCCAUCACAUACUCAUCUUCUGGGAUUAUUUUCGGGGGCAACAUCCUGAGCUGUCUUCUGAUCGUUUACUCAGUGGAUUUUUUUUUUUCCCCUCUUAAUUAUAAUUACUGUUUUCAAAUUUUGAAUUUUUUUUUUAAACGUUGUAGGUUAUCGUUUUCCACAGCGGGUUCGGAAAGCUCACCCCACCCUCGUUGUCGUCGUCUCCGAUGCGGCCCGGGGGAGGGGCUCGCCGCCGUUAACGUUUCACAUGCCGGCGUGUGGCAUGUCCGUAAGCGACCCUGGGGAACAUGAGGUGGGGAGAAGCUGUGAAUCCGUUGGCGUGUCCCUUAUUUAAUCCCUGACGCUGUAAGACUUCCAUCUUCCUGUACCCUUAGAUUUAACGUCAGUGUUCUCGGUUGGUUCCGUCGAGACUGGCUAAGGAACGUCACGAUCCCCAUUAUGACACGAACCGCAACUCGCCUGGCUUCAGCAAAGGCUGUGAAACAGCUUGAGAUUGAACACGCUACCCGCAGGGACUGGAGUGGGGGGGGAACAUGCGUGCCUCAGAGAUUUCCCUUUUUUUAAAAGCUUAUUAUUGUGUAAUAAAUGAAUUCUGGGGUGAUGUGCUGCUACUGGCUGAGUUUUAGCCCCUGAAGGCCGAGUGAAAUUUACCAGGGUUAAGUGGCAGGGUGGGCUUGUUUGCGGGGCCUGUGAAGCAGAGGACCCCACCCAGGACCGUCUUCUAUCAGCCCCCCCCCCUCCUAGCUCCUGCCUGGGAGCAUGCGCGCACUAAUGCCAGAUGCCUGAAGGGGGCGCCCAUCCCCACACGUCGCCCUACAUUAUUGUCACUGGCCUUCAGCUGUUGUCGCUGGUGUCAUUUUGUGGCCGGCUGCUCCUCUUGGCGGGCAGCGGGCACCCUGUGAGAUCCUGGCAGCCGUGGGUGCCAGUCAGUUAGCCGCCACUCGGAGUACGCGUGGAGGAAGGCAAAGGAUACAAGCCGAGACCCAGCAAGCAACAUGGGGGGGGCUAGAUGAUUAUAUUUCUUUUACGUAAUCUAAAGUGUUACUAAGCACAUCUUUUUUAAAAGAAAUGUGUAUUUAAUUGCAAUUCUUUUUGUAAACUGUUCAUAGACAUUAGGACAAUGAUGAAUAAUUAAAAAUACAGUAAAACAAAAUGUACAUAAUGUAUAUAAGUACUCAGAAGUGCAGAAUACAUGUAACGGGUGGAUAUCUAUUUUUAACACUGACUAGACAAUGUGAAAUAUCUUUCGUUUUAUUUUUCUUUUUUUUCCCCUCUGGUUUUAAGAAACGUGUUAACUCCUUUUUGUUUGUUUUAAUUAUGCGAGAAGUUUCACGUGUGUUGUGCUCACUGGUGUUGCAUGGAAAGUACCAUUUUUUUAUUAUUUUUUUUGGUGAAAGUGGGGAGCACGUGCAGCAAUGGACCGCCAGCACGAGAUCAUCCAUACGGUGGUGUCUCCCAGAGACUGGCCAGCCUCCCUUAAUGCUGGCGGCCCCAGAUUUGCAGCGCGCACACGCAUCAAAUGAUUCCUCUGUAACGUCGCCCGCUCCAUUUGCUUACACCUUGUAGACGAGCAGGUCAAACGGCAUCCAACAAUAACGAAAUUCCAGCCUCCCCUCCCCCCAACCCAGACGAAUAUACGACUGUCUGAUGACCUGUCAUGUCUCGCGUAAGUUGAGAGAUUCAGUUUGCAAAGUUUUUAGUUACUGCUCGAGGUUUAUUUAAGUACACCCGCCACUGUUUCUUUUCGUGGACUAUCUAGCUGAGGCUUUUUAAAACUUCUUUCGUUAAUGAUUGUAUUGCCGCAAGACGUAAAGACCGGUAUGUGACUGUUAGCAGUGUGGAUAAAUGGCAAACUGAAGGGAACAGCGCCCUCUGGUGCUGGAGUGAUGUUAAUGACAAAGGACUUGUGCGCGUGUGUUUCUGUGCGUGUGUACGGGUGCGCCUGUGUGCUUCUACUCAUCAUAAUCUAAAUCUUCUUAAAAAUCAUAGGUAUUUUAUAUUGAAUGCAGUAAUUUAUGGGCCAGUAAUAUAAUACUCAGUGCAAUGCAGUUAUUGUUAUAAUACAAAUAUUUCUUUUGUAUUUGUACAGAACAAAUGUGUAAAGAUCAGCGAGGAAAACGUGAGCUUUUUGAUACUGUGAGAAAUGGUGUGAAAAGUCAGUUUCCCUGUACAGUUGUGAUUAUCCCCCCCCCUUUUAUAGAAUAAAAUGUUUUUGGUGCA